CGGUGCCUUGACACUGGGGAAGAAUUGACGUGUAUUUAUUUCAACCGUUGUUUAGCCGAUGACUCUCUCAAAGUUGUAAAAAUUGCAGAACAAAGCCGGUGUUUCGUUAGCUCAUAAGUUAAAGUAGCGUUAAAUUAGUGAAAAUGUUUCAUACAUUAUACUUGGGGGUAUUGCUAUGCGUUGCGGGGUCUCAGGCCUUGUACGACUCGUCCUCUGACGUGGUGGAACUAACGCCCAGUAAUUUCGACCGUCUAGUCACAAAUUCUGAAGAAGUAUGGAUUGUAGAGUUUUACGCCCCGUGGUGCGGACAUUGUAAAAAUCUCGUACCUGAAUAUAAAAAAGCUGCUAAAGCACUAAAGGGCAUCAUAAAAGUGGGUGCAGUAGAUGCUGACCAGCAUAAGAGCUUAUCAAGCAAAUAUGGAGUCACUGGUUUCCCCACAAUCAAGAUCUUCACCGGCUCCAAGCACACUCCGUACCAGGGGCAGAGGACUGCUGAUGCCUUUGUCGAUGCUGGCAUAAAGGCAGCUAAGGAACGAGCAUAUGACAAUUUGGGCAAGAAGUCAGGAGGCUCCGGAGAUAAGUCGGACGUGAUCACGCUCACGGACAGCAACUUUAAGGAGCUGGUGCUGGACAGCGAAGAUCUGUGGCUGGUGGAGUUCUUCGCGCCCUGGUGUGGCCACUGCAAGAACCUGGAACCACACUGGGCUAAGGCCGCCACGGAGCUCAAGGGCAAGGUGAAACUCGGAGCCCUCGACGCCACCGUGCACCAGGCCAUGGCGAGCCGCUACCAGGUGCAGGGCUACCCCACCAUCAAGCUGUUCCCAUCCGGCAGGAAGACCAGCGACUCCGUGGAGGACUACAACGGAGGCCGCACCAGCAGCGACAUCGUCACCUGGGCUCUUGACAAGUUAGCUGAGAAUGUGCCCGCUCCUGAAGUAUUACAGAUCGUGUCGCCGGAGACGAUGAAGGCGUGCUCGGAGAAGCCGCUGUGCGUGGUGUCGGUGUUGCCGCACGUCCUCGACUGCGGCGCGGCCUGCCGCCAAGACUACCUCGCCAUCCUCAAGAAACUCGGCGACAAAUAUAAGAGCAAGAUGUGGGGCUGGGUGUGGUCGGAGGCGGGUGCACAGACCGCUCUAGAGGAAGCGCUGGAGCUGGGCGGCUUCGGCUACCCCGCCAUGGCCGUCGUCAACGCCAAGAAGCUCAAGUUCUCCACCCUGAGGGGCUCCUUCUCCGAGACCGGCAUCAACGAGUUCCUCAGAGACCUGUCGUUCGGGCGCGGCCAGACUGCGCCCGUGCGAGGCGCCGAGAUGCCCGGCAUCGUGUCGGGCGAGCCGUGGGACGGCAAGGACGGCGAGCUGCCGCCGGAGGAGGACAUCGACCUCUCCGACGUUGAUCUCGAGAAGGACGAGCUAUAGACGAAGCCAGUGCGAGGACUGUCAGUGCGUUCAUUUGGGAAAUUAGUUUCUAACCUUAAAAUUAUUUUAAAAAGAAGUGUUCUUUUUUAUGAAAACUGAAUAUGGCUAUUUUGAGGUUAGAACUUACAACGGGAGAUGAAUGUGCAUUACAUGUUGUGUUGUGUCACUCAUUUCAUAAGGUCCUUAAUUAUGGAUUUAAGAAAAAAGUUGUAACUUUGCUAGGGAAAUUUAAAAUGAACUAAAACCAAUAGUUGCAAACAAGACUCAAAACUUUUUAGUAAAUAAGUUCUAAAGCAAAUAGCUCACAUAAUGAACUACUUUUGUAAAAAUAAUCUCUCGAUCUUUUAUAAUAGCAAACUUACUUAGAAGUAUCUAACUAAAAUGACACCUUUACUAAAAAGCUGUUUUUGAAUACAGAAUUGACGCUAAUUAUCUUUUAUGCAAUUGAACCUAUUUCUACUAUUCUGUUUUCCAUAUAUUUUAAUAACUGUUAUAAAACCAUUUAAGUUCUUGAUCUAAAAUUUCCUUAUAAAAUGUCCAUGCAAGGUUAAACCGAAAGAUAGUAGGGUACAGAUCUGAGUGCCAUCAGCCAUCUUUUAAGAUAUGUCAUUAGAAAUAGAGGUGACAGCAAGGUGUUAACUAUUGGGCCAUGUUGAGCACUGGAAUGUUUUCCUUACUUAUUAUACAGGUAUAUCUACAUCACACCAGACUCAUAACUUGUUAAUCUUAUCGUGCAUUUAUUGGGAGAUGACGCGUGAAUGUGAUGUGUGUUACAUAAUUUAAUUUUUAGGAACGUACCUGUUAUCUCUUAUUUCAAUUUUCAGUAAUGACUCGUGUUCUAAAUAAUUUAUCUAAGUGCAAGUUAUUUCCGUUACUGAUUGUAAAUCACUUGUCUCUAGGAAAAUUGUUUUGUAAAAUUUGUAAUAAUAUUCUUCCAUAAAUGUAACAAAAUUAUAAUAGUUAGCAUAACAGUACAGUAAAAUAUAGAUAAUUUUAUGAAAUACGAAAUCAAUUCUUUCCUAAUAAAUUUACAAUUAUACA